GAAAAAGGGGGCGCAUUGUUGGCUUUCGCAUCUGGGCGCUGCACAUGUUUGUUUAGGCGCCCCUGAGCGCACAUGCAGCGUGUGUGAAUGUCCAAUUCUGACUAAAGAAUGCAAAUUGUGGUCAAAGCACCACAAUUGAUCACUUUUGAGCCGCGAGUGCAGUAUUUUCCCUUAUGGUAAUUGAGAAACAAACAUACAAACUCUAUUAAUUAUAUUAUUUAUAAGUAGGGAUAUGUAGGUAAUAGGUAGUUAAGUAUUGUACUUGUAAUCAGUGUAAUUAGAUAAAAGAGGUACCAUUAAUAAUAUUUCAGGUCAUUUGCCAUAAGUUAUCUUUUGUUAUGACGACAUCAAUUUACUAUCUAUUGUAGCACUUAAGAAAAUUGUCAACGUAAUUGAAAUAAGUGGGGUUUGUAAAUUAAACCCUUUGAAAAUGUUACUGCUACUUAAUACAACUUUACUUACCAAUUUUAUUUCUCGGUAACGCGCUCGCUCCGAGAAAAUGCAUAAGUUUAAUCCAGAGGACCUCUUUUUGAACCGUGCAAAGUUUGUUAUGAAAUAUUUGGGAGUGUGGAUACCUCCUACAAACGAAUCGCUCCUCCAUAAACUGUACAGAUCAUUGAUGAUUACGUUGCAGUAUUUAUUUCUUAUAUUCCAGAUAAUCUUCAUUAUACAAGUCUGGGGAGAUUUGGAGGCAGUCUCCCAGGCUUUUUAUUUGCUGUUCACUCAGGCUUGCCUUUGCCUCAAAGUGUCAGUUUUCCACGUGAACGUGGACAAAUUGCGCGAACUUCUCAAGCAAAUGAACGGCGAAAUCUUUCAACCGCAAUCUGAUAGACAAAUACAGAUUCUUAGUAAACAAGCCUCUAGAAUCAAAGCACUGCUUCUAGCUUUUAUGGUCAGUUCCCAAUUCACAUGCAGUCUUUGGGCAAUGAAACCGUUAUUCGACGAUGUGGGUAGUCGCAAAUUUCCAUUCGACAUGUGGAUGCCCGUAUCUCCCGAAGCGUCCCCUCAUUAUGAGAUCGGUUAUGCCAUCCAGGUGUUGACUAUAGGCAUGAGCGCAUACAUGUACUUCGGAGUGGACAGCGUCGCCCUCUCUAUGCUCAUCUUCGCAUGCGCCCAAUGCGAAAUUAUCAUGGACAAAAUCAUGAGUGUCACAUCCAUAAACUAUGCCAUGAAAAACAAAGAGCGACAGAAAAUAUUCGCUGAAAAUCGUAAGACGCUUAUCGAUUGCGUGAAACAUCACGAAGCUCUUUAUGCUUUUACCAAGCUUUCCGAAGACGCGUAUCAUUCUUAUCUCUUUUUCCAAAUAUCAGGAAACGUCGGUAUCUUCUGUAUGACUGCAUUGAGGCUCACAGUGGUGGAAUGGAAAAGCGUACAGUUUUUCUCCAUGGCUACAUACUUGUACGUGAUGAUGGGUGAACUGUUCGUAUGCUCUUGGAGUGGACACGAACUGACGUCAACUAGCGAGAUGUUGCAUACAGCCAUGUACGACUGUCCGUGGUACGAGCAAGACGUGCGGUUCAAACGCGACCUGUGUUUCGCCAUGAUGCGCAUGAGUCGCCCGCUGGUGUUCCGCACCGGCCACUACGUCAGCCUCUCUAGGCAAACGUUUAUCGCGAUACUUCGCACGUCCUAUUCGUAUUUUGCGGUUUUGGUAAAUCAAACCAAAAAAGAAGAUUAAUCUAAGAUGAAAUCACCAUCAACAAAUCAUAUACGAGAUUCAAUAAAAUAAACAUAAUUAUAAUUAUGAAUGUUACAUACUAAUAGGUGUAAUGUAGAAAUAGUAAUAAAUAACAGAAAAAAAUAUUCAUUGUGUAUUCUUUUCCUAAGCUUACUGACAUUUGCUAUUUCUUCUAUCGAAUUCCAACGUUUGAUAAUUGAAAGUAAGUAGGCAAUAGAUAUAUCUACAUAUAAUGAAAGGAUUAAAGGUAUUGGAUAAAGUGUACUAAAAACAUUAAACGUACAAACAUAAUAACACUUGGUAUUAUAUUUAUUAGUAUAUCUGCAAUUAAAUAGGAAAAUUGCAAAAAGUUUUCGACUCGUACGAGUAAGUUUAAGUUUACGAUUGCAUUUUUAAUGGAACCUAUCUUCUUUACAGCAUGUUCUACAAACAUACGAGAUAUAAUUAUUAUAUUUUUACUAAGUAACAACGUAGGUACCUUUGAGAACACAUUAUUGUUUAUUUAUAACCGAUAUUUUUGAAGUCAUAACUUCCUAUUGGAGGGUAUACCGCUUCGUUUCGUAACGCGUUACGGCCCUAGUUUGUCUGGCUUCCCUUCCUCUCACGCAUACGACAGCGGUAGGCAGGCUUUUCUUCCCUAACUCUAACCCCCAGCGCCGCUUAGAUUAGUUUAAGUUAUCACUUUUGUCGUGCGUCCAGAGACACACGCUUUUUUUAUUUUUAUUUUCAAUUUCAAUAUUCUGACAACGAUCGUGAUUUUUGUCUUUUUAAUAUAUUUUCAACAAGAGUUGUUGACGAUUCGAACAAUAUUUUCAUACAACAAAAUUAGAUUUUAUGAGAAUAGGUUCUAUCCAAUGACCCUUAUCUACUAUUGAAU